AGAGGAAUCUUCAAAGGAACAUGCAAUCGUGGAAGUCAAAACGGAGCCUUAUAACGUUGCAAUCUUGACUGGACAGGACCAAAUGGGACGCAAGUGUGAUUCAACAUCAGAAGGAGUGACAUCUGGGACGUGUCCUAUUAAGGAAGAACCUCGAGAGGAAUCUUCAAAUGAAGAUCCAAUCAUAGAAGUGAAAACAGAGGCUUACAAUGUUCCAGUCUUGGCAGAAGAGGAACAGAUGGGCUGUGACCCGACAUCAGAAGAGUUCUUCCAGAGCACAGACCUGCAGCAUCACAAGAGGACCCGCACAAGCCAGAAGCCAUACAAGUGUGAUGUCUGCCCUGCAGAGUUCUGCCGGGUCUCGAAUCUACGGGAUCACGGGCGAGAAGCCACACAAGUGUGAUGUCUGCACUGCAGAGUUCCGCUGGAUGUCGGAUCUACGGGAUCACAAGCGGACGCACACGGGCGAGAAGCCACACAAGUGUGAUGUCUGCCCUGCAGAGUUCUGCCGGAUCUCGCAUCUACGGGAUCACAAGCGGAGGCACGCAGGCGAGAAGCCACACAAGUGUGAUGUCUGCCCUGCAGAGUUCUGCCGGAUCUCGGAUCUACGGGAACACAAGCGGAGACACACGGGUGAGAAGUCACACAAGUGUGAUGUCUGCCCUGCCGAGUUCUACCGGCUCUGGAAUCUACGGGAACACAAGCGGACACACACGGGCGAGAAGCCAUACAAGUGCGACCUCUGUCCUGCAGAGUUCAGCUGGAGCCGGGGCCUACUGCAUCACAAGCGGACACAUAUGAGUGAGAAGCCAUACAAGUGUGAUGUCUGCCCUGCGGAGUUCAGGCACAGUGUACGUCUAAAGGUUCAUAAGCGGACACACACGGGUGAGAAGCCAUACAAGUGCAAUGCCUGUGCUGCAGCGUUCAGCCGGAAUGACUGCCUACAGCAGCACAAGCAGACACACACGGGUGAGAAGCCGUACAAGUGCGAUGUCUGCCUUGCAGAGUUCAGCCAGACCAGGUACCUUAAGCAUCACAAGCGGACACACAUGGGAGCAACAGUUGGUAUGUGUGACAUUAAAGAAGAACCUCGGGAGGAAUCUUCACAGGAAGAUCCAAACAUAGAAGUGAAAACAGAGGCUUACAAUGUUGUGCUUUUGGAAGGACAGGAACCAAUGGGACACAGAUGCGACCCAACAUCAGAAGGAGCAACACUUGGGAUGUGUCACAUUAAAGAGGAACAUCAAGAGAACUCUUCGAAUGAACAUCAAAUUGUACAAGUGAAGACGGAGCCUUACAAUGUUGCACUCUUGGCAGAGAAGGACCAGAUGGGACACAGCUGUCUGUCAGCAUCAGAGGGAGCAAGAGGAAGCACUGGUUUGCUCCACAUUAACGACCAGCCCAGAGGCACUUGUGAUCAAGCAUCUUCUGGUUGCACUUCUUCAGAGGCACAGUUCAAUAUCAGCACAAUAACCGUUGAAGCGCAGUUCGACAACACUUCACCAGUCCCUAUGGACAGUCCUCCCAUGGAGCAACCUCGAGACCAGAGCAAGCCAUGUGCACUUGCGUGCACGUCGAAAGACAGCCGGAGACGUCACAUGCUUGCACAGUGUCACAAUGAGUCUGAAAAGUGUCCAGCUACUCCAUCAGGGGAUCAGAUGGGAGAGGAGGGUUUUAGGUACGACAUCUGUCCCUCUGCAUUCUUGCCGUCUGGCAGUGACACGAGUCACGUGUCAAAGCGUACUGACGAGGAGUCAUGCAAGUCCGACCACUGUCCUGCACAGUUCCACCAGAGGAGGAGUCUGCGGUGUCACAUGCAAACACACAUGAACCAGCAGUUGUACAAGAAUGAUACCUGCCCUGCGAAGUUCAGCCGUAUUGUGCACCGGCGGCUUCGCAAGCGAGCACACACUCGCGAAAAACUAUACAAGUGUGAUGCCUGCCCGGCAGAGUUCAGCCGGACCUGGCACCUACAGCGUCACAAGCGGACACACAGGGGUGAGAAACCGAAUAAGUGCGAUCUCUGUCCCGCUGAGUUCAGCCAGAGCAAGAGCCUGUUGGAUCACAAACUGACGCACAUGGGCGAGAAAACACAGAAGUUCAAUGUUUGCCCUGCGGAGUUCGGUCGGAGAAGGAGCUUUCAGAAGCACAAGUGGACACACACGAGCAAGAAGCCAUACAAGUGCGAUGCCUGCCCAGCGAAGUUCAGCCAUAACGAACAUCUCCAGCGUCACAAGCGGACACACACCGGCGAGAAACCAUACAAGUGCGAUGCCUGCCCAGCGGCGUUCAGUGAGAGAGGGAACCUACAGCAGCACAAGCGGACACACACGGGCGAGAAGCCAUACAAGUGCGAUGUCUGCCAAGCGAAGUUCAGCCAGAGCGGGCACCUACAGCGUCACAAGCAGACACACAAAGGCCAGAAACCAUAUAAGUGCGAUCUCUGUCCUGCUGGGUUCAGCAAGAGUAAGAGCCUGUCAGAUCACAAACUGACGCACACGGGCGAGAAGCCAUACAAGUGCGAUGCCUGCCCAGCGAAGUUCAGCCAGAGCGGGCACCUACAGCGUCACAAGCAGACACACAAAGGCCAGAAACCAUAUAAGUGCGAUCUCUGUCCUGCUGGGUUCAGCAAGAGUAAGAGCCUGUCAGAUCACAAACUGACGCACACGGGCGAGAAGCCAUACAAGUGCGAUGCCUGCCCAGCGAAGUUCAGCCAUAACGACCACCUCCAGCAUCACAAGCAGACACACACCGGCGAGAAACCAUACAAGUGUGAUGCCUGCCCAGCGGAGUUCAGUGAGAGAGUGAACCUACAGCAGCACAAGCAGACACACACGGGCGAGAAGCCAUACAAGUGCGAUGUCUGCCCAGCGAAGUUCAACCAGAGCGGGCACCUACAGCGUCACAAGCGGACACACAGGAGCGAGAAGCCGUACAAGUGCGAUCUCUGUCCUGCUGGGUUCAGCCAGAGCAAGAGCCUGUCGUAUCACAAACUGACGCACACAGGCAAGAAAACAUACAAGUGCAGUGUUUGUUCUGCGGAGUUCGGUCAUACAGGGAACUUACAGCAGCACAAGCUGACACACACGGGCGAGAAGCCAUACAAGUGCGACGCCGGCCCAGCGAAGUUCAGCCAUAACGAACAUCUCCAGUGUCACAAGCGGACACACACUAGCGAGAAACCAUACAAGUGCAAUGCCUGCCCAGCGGAGUUCAGUGAGAGAGGGAACCUACAGCAGCAUAAGAAGACACACACGGGCGAGAAGCCAAACCAGUGCGAUGUCUGCCCAGCAAAGUUCAGCCAGAGCGGGCACCUCCACCGUCACAAGCGGACACACAGGGGCGAGAAACCGUACAAGUGCGAUCUCUGUCCUGCUGAGUUCAGCCAGAGCAAGAGCCUGUCGGAUCACAAACUGACGCACACGGGCGACAAGCCAUACAAGUCCAAUGUUUGCCCUGCGGAGUUCGGUCAGAGAGGGAACUUACAGCAGCACAAGUGGACACACACGGGCGAGAAGCCAUACAAGUGCGAUGCCUGCCCAGCGAAGUUCAGCCAUAACGAACAUCUCCAGCGUCACAAGAGGACACACACCGGCCAGAAACCAUACAAGUGCGAUGUCUGCCCAGCGGCGUUCAGUGAGAGAGGGAACCUGCAGCAGCACAAGCGGACACACACGGGCGAGAAACCAUACAAGUGCGAUGUCUGCCCAGCAAAGUUCAGCCAGAGCGGGCACCUACAGCGUCACAAGCGGACACACAGGGGCGAGAAACCGUACAAGUGCGAUCUCUGUCCUGCUGGGUUCAGCCAGAGCAAGAGCCUGUCGUAUCACAAACUGACGCACACAGGCAAGAAAAUAUCAAAGUGCAGUGUUUCUGCUGCGGAGUUCGGUCAGAGAGGGAACUUACAGCAGCACAAGCUGACACACACGGGCAAGAAGCCAUACAAGUGCGAUGCCUGCCCAGCGAAGUUCAGCCAUAAUGAGCAUCUCCAGCGUCACAAGCGGACACACACCGGCGAGAAACCAUACGAGUGCGAUGCCUGCCCAGCGAAGUUCAGUGAGAGAGGGAACCUACAGCAGCACAAGCGGACACACACGGGCGAGAAACCAUACAAGUGCGAUGUCUGCCCAGCAAAAUUCAGCCAGAGCGGGCACCUACAGCGUCACAAGCGGACACACAGGGGCGAGAAACCGUACAAGUGCGAUCUCUGUCCUGCUGAGUUCAGCCAGAACAGGAGCCUGUCGGUUCACAAACUGACACACACGGGCGAGAAAACAUACAAGUGCAAUCUUUGCCCUGCAGAAUUCGGUCAGAGAGGUAACUUGCAGCAGCACAAGCGGACACACACGGGCGAGAAGCCGUACAAGUGCGAUGCCAGCUUGGCGGAGUUCAGCCAGAAAGGACAGCUCCAGCGUCACAAGCGAGCACACACCGUCGAGAAACAAUACAAGUGGGGUGCUUGCCCAGCGGAGUUCAGUGAGAGGAGCCUGCAGCAGCACAAGCGGACACACAUGAGUUCGAAGUCAUACAAGUGCAGUGCCCGCCGUGCUGCGCUCAGCCCGAGGAGGAACCUACGGCAGCGUAAGCGGACACACACGGGCGAGAUGCUAUACAUGUGUGAUGUCUGCCCUGGUAAUUUCAGCCUGAGCAGGAACCUACGGCAGCACAAGCGGGCAUACAAGGGCGAGAAGCCAUAAAAGUACCACGUCUGUCCUGCAGAGUUCAGCCAGAGCAGACACCUACAGAGCCACAAGACAGACAGUCUCGAAGCCAUACAGGAGCAUUCCCUGUUCUGCAAACUUGAGGUAGUGCCAAACCUGCAGCGUUACAGCUGCAUGCAGGUACAUGGGUGUGAAGCCGUACAAAUGCCACUUCUGUUAUUCAGGGAUCAUUCACAGGACCAGCAGGCACGAGCAAGCGAACCAAACAGCUGCUGGCUGAGCAUGAGCUAGUUCAGCCAGAGCAGGAACCUGUGGCUUCACAUGUCUCCACAAGACACUUGAGAUUUGAAACUGUGGAAGUACAGAUGCCAUGCACAGGCGAAAGAAUCCGUCCAAUUAAGUGUCACUUCUGUGCUGUUGUAUGUCCUUCAUGAACACAUGAUGAUGCGCAGGGAGAAAAGGCUAUGCAGAUGCGGUGUAUAUCAUAUCCCAUUUUAUUUCUGCUUUUUUUUCUGGUGGAAUGUUUCAAAACUUGCAUGCAUGAACAAACUGAGGUUCAAAAAUAGUUGGAUUGGAGCUGGAUUUGGUGGUGAUGCAUUGAAGUGUCACGAAACCCAGUGCCGGGGAGACAAACAGACAUGAAAAAGACAUCCUCUCACAGGCUCUGAGCUGCAGAGAACGGUUCAUUUCCUUGAGCAACAUGCUCUUAUAUUGCUCCCUUCCCUCUUUUUCUUCCCCUCGUGAUGAAUGCGUAUCUUCUUUAUCGUUGACUACUGAAGCGCGGAAGGAACAUGGACACGAGAGGUAAGGGAAACACAAGCGCUUGUGCUUGUUUUACAUCUCUUCUUCAUACUCCUUUGGCACUUCGUUAAUCAGACCAGGGAUAGUCAUCAAACUAGCCCAGCUAUCUACCAUUGUGCUUCUCUUCAGGCUUCCAUUGUUUUACGCCGUACGUCUCGUCUGUUUGUGAAGUGAACAAAGAAAUCGACGUAAAAAAAUAAAAAAAUGAUUUCCAACCACUUACAUAUACCAACUUGAUACCAAAAUCCCGAGAAUUCCCUUUUGUGUCACGACCAAACUAAAUAAAUGUACACACUAAAAGUAAGUUUGAACA